UCAUUAUCUUUCUUUUAAAAUUUUAUAAUACUCCAAAUUCUCAUUAAUCUCUUAAAAAACACAAAAGAAGUGUUUGUUGGUAUCAAAUUUUGUUCGAUAGUAUAUCAUCCUAAUUAACCCAAAAACUAAAACUACUACAGGUUGAGUAAUUCUUACUUUAGAAGUAGCAAUUUUUUCAUUAUACUACCUCCGUUUUUUUAAUUUAGGAGGAGAUCCGAAGAGUUUGGGCUACAACAAACUAGGCUUAGGAACUUCCAUACUAAAACCAAUUAGUAAUAAUAGGAGUAACUCCUCUACCUGACAUCUUUUAUCAAUGUGGGACACUCAAAAAUGGACUACAAUGAGUUUUAACAAUAUACUUGGUGAUAUAUAGAGUUUAGAAACAAACUAAAGCAAAAUUAGACAACAACUACAUUUCCUAGAAAUGGAAGAUGAUCAUCUAACAAAACAUACUCAACAUCAUCCUCAUGUAGUAAUCUUCCCUUUACCAAUCCAAGGUCCAAUCAAUUGUACGCUCAAACUAGCCGAUCUCAUCCUCUCCUUAAGCCCCGCCACCGUCUCCGUCACCUUCCUCACCACAAACUACACCCGCCGCCGCCUACUCCUUCACUCUAACACGGCUGCCCGCCUAGAACAUGACUAUGAGCCUCGCUUUCGAUUCGAGACAGUCCCUGAUGGACUUGGACCAGAUGACAAUCCCCGUGAGCUUCCUGACUUGACCAUGGCUCUAGAGGGUCAGGCUCAGGCUGAGGGUAGCCGGCUCAGGAAGGUGCUGGCUUUCGGGUCGGCCGAAGCUGGUUUAAAGAAACCGGUUACAUGUGUUAUAGCAGAAGCGUUUUAUGGGUGCAUGGUUGAUGUUGCUAAAGAGUUGAGAGUGCCUCUUGUUUAUUUUGAGACUAUUAGUCCUUGUUGCCUUUGGACUUUCUUUUGUAUACCUAACAUGAUUCAAGCUGCUCAACUUCCUUUCCAAGGUUAGA